AAAGCCAAAUUCACAAACCCAAACCCAAAAGAGUUUCGCCAUGACUUCUUUCACCAGCUUCUACAAAUUUUGGUUCCUGCAGUUGAAGAUCAUGGUGAAGGAUCUGAAGGAGGAGCACAGUCAUGAAGGCAUGGAGAAGGUGCUGAGACACCACGGAGAAUACUACAAAGAAAAAUGGAUUGCGAUGAACAAGGAUCCUCUCAGCAUGUUCACCUCGCCGUGGAACACCAACCUUGAACGCUCCCUCCACUGGAUCACAGGGUGGCGCCCCACCACCGCCUUCCACCUCAUCUACACCGAGUCUUCUCUCCUCUUUGAGACUCACAUCAUCGAUAUCCUCCAUGGCCUCCGCACCGGAGACCUCGGCGAUCUCAACCCCUCCCAGUUUCGUUACAUGAGCGAUCUUCAGUGUGAUACUGUGAGAGAGGAGAAUGAGAUUACUGAAGGGUUAUCAGAGUGGCAGAACAGUGCGAGCGAGAUGAUGGGUUGUGAGAUGGAGAUGAAGGAGAAGAUCAGAGAGCUGAUACUUAUCAUAAAGAGAGCAGAUGAUCUACGGCUGAAAACGCUGCAGGGUGUGGUGAGGUUGCUUUCAAGGCAGCAGGCUAUGGAAUUCUUGAUUGCCUCAGGAGAGUUACUCAUUGGGAUUCACAAUUGGGGACUCAUUCACGACUCAAGAAGAAAUUGACUUCUUAGGUCACAAUUUCCCUUUUGCUUUUCAAAUUUCAUCAGCUUUUAUCACUCUAUGGAACAAAAUUUAAACUUAUGUGCCAUAAAUUCACAUGCAGUCAGACUAUAUAAGACUUAAAUUCCAUGUGUUGCUUAAUAAUAUGGGGUGCUAUUUUCUUAUA